AAAACUUCGAGCUCGUUAUUCGAUCUGUUUUUUUUCUUUGCUUGUCAAAAACAAAGUAGAAAAACUUGAGGUUUUUCGGAUCCGGGAUUCCCCCAAUUUUACCCUAGAUGUUCUGAUUCCCGGAGACAUUAGGUUUUGUUCUUCCCCUCCUCGUGCUAGUUCUAGCCUAUGAUUUUGCUCAUCCUUAAUCGUUCCGUUUGAUUCUAUCUUUGUGUCUCUUCUUCAUCGACUUCGGUUUACCCUCAAAGUUUCUGUCUUUCGGGCUUAGUAAUUUUGUGCAAUUUCGCUAUAGAAUCCUUUUUUUAUUUUCUCGCUAUUGCAUUGACCUCAAGUUCCAUGGAUUUCCGGGUUCCGAUUAUCCUCCUCUGUGCGAUAGCUGUGUCAUGCUUUCCGGCCGGGUUGGCUUCAUCCCCGGUUUGCAAUCACGAAUUCCAAUUGUUCCGGUUCGAUAUAGAGGCCAAAUGCCCUCUUUCUCUCUAUCCAAGUCCUCCUACUGAGGUAGAUGGAGACUCACUAGACAGGUUAAUGGCUUUGAACCAUGGAAACGCUUAUUUAUCAGUACUCUUUUAUGCUUCCUGGUGCCCAUUCUCACGCGCUCUCCGCCCUAAGUUUGAUUUGUUGAGUUCGAUGUUCCCUCAAAUCCAGCACCUGGCUGUGGAGCAUUCUCAAGCACUACCAUCAGUCUUUUCAAGGUAUGGUAUCCAUAGCUUACCUUCAAUCCUGAUGAUAAAUCAAACUUUAAAGGCGCGAUACCAUGGUCGAAAGGAUCUCACAUCCCUGAUUGAGUUUUAUGAGGAAUCAACAGGUCUCCAACCUGUCCAGUAUGUUGCUGAAGCGGAACCAACAACUGGCUUAGAAGCUGCUGAUGGUAACCUGAUCACACGGUUACGCAAUGGGACAUCUGUUAGUGAAAUGUUCAAACGAGAUCCAUUCUUGGUACUAUCUCUGCUGUUUAUCUGUUUACAAAUGGCAAUUCUCAUCUUCCCCGUAGCAGAAUCGCGCAUGAGAGCGUUAUGGGCUUCCUAUGUUCCCAAUCUGAACCUGGAAAGAUUUGGAGAGAUCAGCCAGCUGUUCAGCCGAGCGCUUCACAUGGUCGAUGUGAGGAGAGUAUGGUUGAAACUAAGACUCGUCAAAACAAGGAACUUCCAUGAAAGGGCAAAGAACGCACAAGCUUGGGCUUCAUCGCUCGCAUCUGUCUCUCUAGGCCAAACUUCAUCGGACCAAUCCUGAUCCUAAGGGUGAAAAUCAAAACCCUUGAAAGAUCCUUCUAAUAUCUUGUCAGCAUUGGAAAGAGAGAAGCUGUUUUUAAGUGUGUUCUGGAAAUCUCUGAGAGUUCUCUUAAAUGAAUGUUGUAUUGACGUUUGAGUUUAUUUGUCUGCAUCGAAGCAUGUAAAUCCAGGAACAGCUUUGCUUCUGUUUGUGAAUAUCUUCCUCUCUUUUUGUUUUUAUAAAUUAAAAAUGUCUGUUUUGACCUCA